UCCUUUUUUAUUGUUUAGCCACGCAUUACGAGCGAGCGAGGACAUCUGCUGCGUAACUUGCAGCUACAGAUCCACUAAGCCCACCCUCUUUCCGGUAUAGUCAUCCACUCCUCUCGGUUUAUCGCAGAUAUACCCACAGCUUGAGGUCUCCCUCCCGGGUUUCUCUCUCGCUCAAGGUAAUGAGGCGAAUUGCGCGCUGGAGCGACGCUCCAGAUUAAGUUUAGUGCGAUCCAAAAAAGUAGGAGCGCAGGGAGGAAAUGUGCCCAAUUUUGGUGUUUCUCGUCGACGCUAGUGAGCUCCAGGGUCCGGUUCUUCGUGUGUCAAAGCUUCAGGCAGCAGACAACUGGAAGUUUAAAUCAAUUCGGAACCAGCGCUUCAGGAUGACUUGAUGAGACGUUUGCGUGGCGCCUGCCACACUGGAGCAAGGAUGAAUGCAAGGCGUUUCAUGCUGAAUCUUAGAAGAAGAUUCCUUCCCUCCCUCCUCUCCGCGCUGACGUUAAUUGUCCUGCUGCUGGUCUGCAUUAAGUACAAUUACCUCCCCGAGUCUCUGCCUGUUGAACAAGGCACAACCAGUCAGCAGUUUGUCAAGCACAACAUCAGCUGUAAAGCUAUUUACGACAUGGACCCGGUGGAAGUGGGUAAAUCCCUUGUCAUCAGAAGGGAAAGGACCGUGGAAGACAAAGAUGAAAGUCUAAUCAGCUUCACAGGAAACUGCCCCGCUUUCAUGAAGAUCAGAGGUUACGACAAUUUAUGUGUUUCUGAUGAAGAGAAAGAUUUUCCCAUUGCAUAUUCUUUGGUUGUCCAUAAAAAUGCAUGGAUGGUGGAGAGACUCCUCAGGGCAGUGUACUCUCCCAAUAAUAUCUACUGUAUCCACUACGAUCAGAAGUCGUCGGCUGAGUUCAUCUCUGCUAUGGAGGGUUUGGCUGGCUGUCUCCCUAAUGUUUUCAUCUCCAGCAAACGGGAGACUGUUCACUAUGCAAGCAUCAGCCGACUGAAGGCCGAUCUCAACUGCCUGUCCGACCUUUUGAUUUCAGAGGUCAAGUGGAAGUAUGUCAUCAACCUUUGCGGCCAGGAUUUCCCGCUAAAGUCCAACAUGGAGCUGGUGUCUGAGCUGAAGGAGUUGAAGGGCUCCAAUAUGCUGGAGACGAGCCGACCCAGUGAGCUCAAGAAGCAGAGGUUCCUUUUCCAUCAUGAGCUGCAGGAUGUCAGUUUCGAGUAUAAAAAACUUCCGGUUAAAACGCAGCAGCCAAAGAGUCCACCGCCGUAUGACAUAAAGAUUUUUGUUGGGAAUGCCUACUUCGUGUUGUCACGGGAGUUUGUUCAGUUCAUGAACUCGUCAGUUGUAGUGAGGGAGAUCUUGGCGUGGUCGGAAGACACUUACUCACCGGACGAACACUUCUGGGCAACAGUUGUGAGACUGCCGGGCGUUCCAGGGGAGGUGUCCAGCUCUGAGCCCGAUAUCACAGACCUGAUGAGCAAGACGAGGCUUGUGAAAUGGCAGUACCUGGAGGAGAACCUUUACCCACCGUGCUCUGGACAGCACGUGCGCAGCGUUUGCAUUUUCGGUGCAGCCGAACUGCGUUGGUUGCUCAACUAUGGUCACUGGUUUGCCAAUAAGCUUGAUCCCAAAGUGGAUCCCAUUCUUAUUCAGUGCCUUGAGGAGAAACUAGAAGAGAAACAGAAGUUAUUUCAAGAAGGGACACGUUUGACUUGUCCAAAAGGUUAGCUAAAGGACUGGAGAUUGACUUUUCUUUAACUUGGGUUCAGAAACCUAGACAUAUAUGCAAAAAUGCAACUACAGGACUCUAAGUUAGUUCUUUUAUACUUUUCUGACUCCAGAAAAGUAGUUCCUCUUUUUUUUUUUUAAGAAACACUCCACCCUUUCUGCCUAAAUGAUAAGUUUCUGUAAUUGUUCAGAUGACUCAGGAAUUUGUUGUUUAACAAAGGAGAGAAAAAUCAUUGUGAUUUUGGACUUUGUAACUUUUUAGAUAAAAAAAAAACCUUUAUAACAGAGUGAAGGAACUCUAAAUAAAUGAGUCUGAGCAGUGAUUGAGCAGAAGUAUAUUUGCAAUGUUUUAAAAACAUUUUAAAACUUUAAAUUAUUAUUCUGUGAUGGCAAACUAAUGAAUAUCAGAAUAAAGUAUCUUAGUUGGUUCUGAA